CUUCUGUGUGGGGCUAAAGGCUCGGUUGCCUCACUACUCAUGCUGAAGCAAUCCUUUCUUCCAUCUCCCAGCUGUGCAUCUCAAUUCUUGCAACCUAUUGCGCAAAGCGCUACCAAUGGCUGAGAAGGAAGAAUGCAAGGUGCUCAUCGAGCAACCCAGCAACGCCGCCGGUGAUCCACGCCAAGAAGACGACCGCGAAGAAGAAGAAGACGACGACGACGAUAGCUCGAGCUUAAUCCUGGUGGCCAACCUCAUCCUGAGCGGGACGGCGCGGCUCAACGUCCUCCUCCCCACCGCCACCAUCCUCACCUUCGCCAUCUUCGCGCCGCUCCUCACCGACGACGGCAAGUGCACCCACCUCAACCGCGUCCUCACCGGCGCGUUCAUGCUCCUCUGCGCCGCCUCCUGCGUCUUCUUCACGCUCACCGACAGCUUCCGCUCCCCCACCACCGGCCGCCUCCGGUACGGCAUCGCCACGCCGGCGGGCAUCCGCACGUUCUGCGUCGUGGCGCGCCGCCGGAAGGCCGCGCCGAGGGACCCGGAGAGGUACAGGCUGCGGCGGUCGGACCUCUUCCACGCCGCCCUGGCCCUCGUCGCCUUCGUCACGUUCGCGGCGUCGCACCACGACAUCGUGCUGUGCUACUACCCCGGGGUGCCCAGGAAGGUGGUCAACACCGUGCCGCUCGUGGUCGGCUUCGUGGUGAGCCUCCUCUUCGUGCUCUUCCCUUCCAAGAGGAGAGGGAUCGGGUACCCUUUCCUGCUCAGGACCGACCUCGUGUACCUACGCCGCUGAGACGAACCACCGGGUCGCAUGGUGAUUUGAUCGCUGGAUUUGUAUACGUGAAAAAAGUAUUUUACAGGGUUUGUCUGGGCCAAAAUGUAUGUACAUUCUUCAUUGCCUUCUCUCUCAAGUGAAGUACAAAGCUGAAAAAGGAUGUGUAUUCGAGGGGGAGAUGUAUGGCGAGUAACU